AUGUCGGAGCAUGCCGUAGAAAAAGAUGCGGCUGUCUUCCAUUUACCCGGGCAUCCACUCCCGGCUCUUAUUUCGCUAGAAAGUACAGAUGGCAAGCCUGUGGACCUUUUCAUGUUGUCACUUACACGCCCGGUUUUGCUGAGCACCUUUGGCUUGCCUACGUCUAUGCAACCGACAGGUCGUCAGGUAGAUCUGGAGGCAGCAGGAGACCAUGAAGGUGCUAUCCAACUGCUUUCCAUCAAGGACCAUUUACCGCAAUUGCGGGAACGCAUGCCUGAUCUGGUUGUAUAUGGCCUGAGCACACAUAAUACCACGUGUCUGUCACAGGUGCGCGACAGGCUACAACUGCCAUUUGAGUGCUUAAGUGAUGCACGGUGUGAGUUGAUGGACAAGCUAGAGCUGCCCUACAUGCAUGACGAUGAGCACCGUCUGUUGCGAAGGUGCACCAUGCUAUUGAAGGAAGGUCAGGUCACGCGUCUCGAUUUUCCUAUUUCGCAACCCUCAGAAGCUGGGCCGCGUGCGAUUGAAUUGCUACGGCGCGAUACGGGCCGUCCGUAA